AUAUCCUAUAUCUUUAAGUGUUUCAUAUCCUAAUUAACUUUUAAACUUUAUAUUCUUCAUUGAAACACACAUAUAUAUUAGUUUCAUUGAACAAAAUGAUUAUUUAUCUUUUAUCAUAAUAGAUCUCAAUUAAUCAUUGGAAUCUUGAAAUAUAACAUAAGUAUACAAAUUAUAUGAUACUUUUAUGAAUCCAGGAAAAAAGACAAUUACACAUUCCUUUAUAACAAUUCAUAUUAAUUAUUUAAUGAUAAUCGUAAUGGAACUUAACAUUGAAUAUUUGUCAAGUUUAUGAACAUUGAACUUAAUACAUUUUUAUUUAAUUGAAAUUGAAAUAAAACUAAAAGAGAUUUGUAUUGAAUUGGUCUUUCAAAUUCAUAUAUACAUCUAUAUAUAUAGUACUACAUAAACAUCCAUAAUGUUUCCAAUGACAGCAUUUCCAUUGAAUCCAGUAAAUUGUGGACGAUCAUCAACAGAUUUAAUAUGGUCUAAUCCUGAAGCAUUACAGAAUAUUGGAUCUGCAUUGAAUUGUGAUAAUUUAUCAUAUAUCAAUAAUAAUAAUAAUAAUUCUUCAUUGUCUAAUCAAAAUUCAAUAAAUAAUAAUACAUCAUCAGCAAUAAUCACUAACUCUUCAAAUUUCCUUUCCUCACGACCUAAUUAUACCUGUACUCUUAAUCAAACUUAUCGACUACAAGAAAAUCGAAUUCAUACAGGUUAUUUAAAUGAAGAAUUAUCAGAUCAAUGUAAUGAUAAUAUUGUUACUACUAAUACUACUACGACCACCACCACCAUCACCACCACUGCUACUCCUCCUCCUCCUCCUCCUCCUCCUCUUUCUAAUUGUAGUAACAAUAAUAAUGAUAAAUCUCAUAUAGAUAUCUCUAAUAAAUCAUCUACAUCUAAUACUAUGAUGAAAUCUGAAAGUUUAUUACAAUUAAAUAAAUUCCCUUCAUCAUUAUGUAAUACAAUGAAAUCAAAUAAUUCAACUUAUGAGAAUUGGUCAAAUGAUCAUAGAAAACGUCAUAAAAAAUCUAAAUUACAUUCUAUUAUUCAUACAGAUAAUCAUUUUAUUCAUAAUAAAUCAACAGAGAAAACAUCACCUCAUUCAUUAUAUAUAGAUGAAUCUAUGAAUGAAAUGAUAUACAAUAAGGUAACUUCAUUAGAGAAUGAAAAAAAUCAAUUAAAUUCAUUACAAUCAACUACAAUUAAUCUUGUAUCUAAGACAAAAUUAUCUAAUUUAAAACAAUUAACUAAUGAAUUAUCAAAUGAACAACAACCACAGCAACAGCAACAACAACAACAACAACAAUUGAAUUAUUCAUUUAAUAUGUUACCUACAAAAGUGAAUGAUUAUACAAAUCAAUUAUUAUGUAAUGAAUAUAAUGAUAAUCAUUAUAAUAGUUUACCAUCCCAACAAUACAGUAAUAAUAAUCAUUGUCCACAAUCUAUUCAUCAUGAUAAAUCCCAAUUGAAUAAAAAUAUUAAAGAAUCAUUAAAUCAUAUUUUAUCUACAAAUUAUUCAUUAAAACAUAAUCAUUCACAGAAUACAAGAAAUUCAAUCAAUGAAGAAGCAGUUGAUGAUGAUGAAGAAGAAGAACAAGUAGAAGAAGUAGAAGAAGAAGCAUAUAAAACAAUGAUCAAUACAAGUAAUCAUAAUGAUCAUGAUAUUGUUACAAAUUCUAUUUCCAUCAUGACUACUACAUCGACGCCGACGUCGACGUCAACGACGACGACGAUGACGACUAUUACUACAACUACAACAAAUAGUAUGAGUAAUAUAGAGAGAAGAUUAAAUGAUCCAUUAACACAUUCUCAUAAUGAAAUGAAUACAAAUACAUGGAAUACAUCUAUACCAUCAGAAUAUUCAACAAAUAUAUUACCACAACAUUUAGCUUCAUUCUAUUCGACUUGUUCAAAUGAGAUUGCAUUUAGAAAAAGUUUAAUAUUUAAUAAUCAUCAAAAUAUGAAUAUAGAAUCAACAAAUUAUUCCACAUACAAUAAUAAUAAUAAUAGUAGUAGACAAGACUCAGAAUGUCGUACAUCUUCAUCACCAUUACCUUCUAUUAUACAAACUAAUAUAGACAUGAAUUCAAGUUCUAUGUUAAAUUGUAAUGAGGUGGAUAAUUUUAAUAAAAUAUCUUCUUCGGAUGAAAUUAAAUUCAAUGUAAACACUAAUAGUAACCAUAAUGAAUUAAAUGAAAUGAAUGUUAAUUCAAAGUUCAACAAUCCUAUACAGCAACAACAACAACAACAAUCUCAAUCAAGGAGAAUAAUUAAUGAUUCAUUAAUACAGAAUGAUUUAGACACAUGUAAGUCAAUACAUCAUAAUUCAAAUCUCCCUCCUCCUCCUUCACAUCAUCAUCAACAACAACAUCAAAGACAAAGAGGAUUUGAAGAUGAUCAAAUGAUUGAUGAUUUAAGUGUAGCAUAUCAUUCAGCAGCAGCUAUGGCAGCUGCUGCUGUUGUUGCACAAGCAGCUGUAGCAAGUGCAAAUGUAACAAAUCAUCAAUUGGAACAUCAACAUCAUAAUCAUCGUCAUGAACAAUCAAUACAUCAACAUCAACAUCAACAUUUACAUUCACAUCAAAAUCAACAUCAACAAUCUCAAUAUAUUGAUAAUGAACAUUCCAUGUUACAUACACAUAUGGAACAAUAUGGUGUACAUACUAAUAAUAAUGGUAAUAAUAAUGAUAAUGUUUUACAUCAAUCACAGUAUAAUAUGAUGAAUCAAAAUUUAGGAUUAUUCCCUCUUAUAAAUAAUACAAAUUCAUUGAAUAAUGCACAGAAUAUAAAUAAAACAAUGAAAAAUAAAAAAUUAACAAUGACAGAAGGAAGAGAAUGUGUCAAUUGUGGAGCAACUAGUACACCGUUAUGGAGACGAGAUGGACAAGGAAAUUAUUUAUGCAAUGCAUGUGGCUUAUAUCAGAAAAUGAAUGGUCAAAAUCGUCCAUUAAUUAAACCUAAACGAAGAUUGCAAUCCUCUAGCAGACGUACUGGUACUAUAUGUUCCAAUUGUCGUACAAUAACAACUACAUUAUGGCGUCGAAAUACAAAUGGUGAACCUGUUUGUAAUGCGUGUGGACUUUAUUUCAAACUGCAUAAUAUUCAACGACCUAUUUCAAUGAAAAAAGAUGGAAUUCAAACACGUAAUCGUAAAGUUUCACAAAAAACAAAAAAGCAUAAAUUUGGUUUCUAUUCAGAAUUAUCUGAUUUACCAGUGGAUUAUUUAAUGAAAACACCUUUACAUCGAUUUGGUGCCGCAGCAGCAGCAGCAGCUGUUGCUGCUAAUCAUUUUGCAUGUACUACACGUGGUUCACAAACAAUUACACCGAAUUCACCAAAUUCAAUGUGUAAUCCAUAUUUAACUGGUUAUUUCUCAGAUAAUAAUAUUAAUAGUAACAAUACUACUACUACUAAUAAUAAUAAUAAUAUUUUGAAUGAAAUAAAACAUAAAGAUAUGUCAAGAAUUGAAGUGGAUAGUUCUGAUGAAACUGGACAGUUCACUGAUGUGACAAAAGCAUUUCAUGCUACAUUUGGAGGUUUAACUAAUAAUAAUAAUAACAAUGAUGAUAAUAGACAUUCCAAUCAUUUCUCUCUUAAUUCACCUCAUCCAACACAAAUACACCCUCAUCAUAUUGAUCACUUACAACAACAAUAUAUUCAGAAACAUCAAUCCCAAUCAAUGAAUUCAAUGAAUUUCACAAAUGAUCCUUAUACACAACAUACAUCUAAUUUAAUGAAUAAUCAAAUGAAUGAGAAAUAUUCAAGAUAUCAAAAAUCUAAUUAUAUUACUGAAUUAGUUUAUAAUCAUUCAACGAAUAAUGAUCAGAAUACUAGUAAUAAUUCAAAAUGUGAAUCAUUACAUAUGAAACCAUCAAAUAUCGUUCAUCAUCAUCAUCAUCAUAAUCAUCAUUCACCGACAGAUGCAUUAAUACAAUGGCAUGCACAAUUACGAUCUACACCAAAUCAAUUGGAUGGAAGUGGGUCGAUAAAUUUUAAUUCUGCUUCACUAUACAAUAACUGUCAACCAAUCACACGACUGGGAUGUAAUAAUAAUACUAAUAAUAACAAUGGCAUCGUCGGUGGUAGUUGUAAUAGUAAUAGUAGUAAUAGCAGUAGUAGUAGUAGUAGUAGCGGUGCUAGUAUCACACAUUCCUAUUAUAAUCAAAAGAAUAAAAUCGAAUCUGAUCCCAUUGAUAAUAAUAAUAACAAUAAUAAUAAUCGUAGUAUUAAUAAUAAUUUAAUUGAUUCUAUAAAUCAUUCAACGAUUAUAUCAUCAUCAACCUCAUCAUCAGAACGAUCAAUUCAUGGUACAGAUUUAUUAAAUCAUUAUAAAUUAAAACUUUGUACUGAUUCAUUAGAUUCAUCCAUUUCACCACAUUCAAGAGGACCUAUUGAAAAUGGAUUAUAUUUAAAUAAUUAUCAUAUAAAUCAAACAAUGGAUACUAUAAAACAUCAACAACAAAAUCAAUCAAAUCAUUCUGAUUUAAGAGUAUUUCCAUGA